AUGAUACAUAUCUUCCUCUUCCUAGUGGGAACAUUCUGCAGUGGCAGUAUUUUGAUAAGCGAGGUUAAUAGCAAGACAGACACCUUCAAGUUCAACAACAUGAUCUUGAACAUCGAGAAAUCGGGAGCGUUUGAAAAAAACAUAAGUCGUGAGCCCAAUAGACCGGAGUACGUAGUGAGGGGAGAAAAAAACAAAUUUCAGAUAGAGUUUUUCACAAGCAUGACUAAUUUGAAGGUGACAAGGAUGAGUCCCAACAAGAUUAAGGUGGUUUAUGACUCUAAGGAUAGAUCUACAAGCGAUACUUACCUAGAAAUAUCGAUUAGGAACCAUGCGAUCAAGAGUUUUAAGAUAUUUGAUUUCUACACGGUUAAGAAAGCACAGCUUAGUUCAAAGUUAGACAUAAAAACUUGA